CUUUUGUUUUCCAAGAUGUGCGUACACGUCAAUCCCUGAAGAUAGAACAGCAUAUGAAAUAGAAAUUCAUAAACGUUCAAAGAUAAGCUACGAUGUUGACAAAUACGAGAUAACGCACGACAAAAUAGAUGACUACUCCGAAUAUUUCGUGCAGGAAAGUGCAGAUUUUUGGCGCUGCAAUGCGAUCGCGAUGAACGAUCAAUCAACAGCAGUGUUCACGAAAUUUACCAACGUACUGAUCAGCAUAAAGGAUAUUCAUGAAAUAAAAUACGACGAAGGAGUGCAAGUUUAUUUAGAAAAAUUCGAUGUUGAUCGUGCGAGAGUGGUUCAAGAAACAUGCCGUUUUAAUAGCGACGAUGGUUCAUCAACUCAAUUUCUGUGCAAGAACGAAGACGAAAAUUGGCAGUAUGCGUCCAAACCUGAUACAGCCAUUCCAAAUUUCGCGGAAAAAAUUGUGACAAAUAAGCCUAUACUAGUGGACACGUCUAACUCAUACUAUAGAGACAAACCCCUGACCGAAAUUAGUCAGAGGGUAAUUCAUCAGGAUGGCAUAUCAAUAAAAAUAGGAUCAUCACCAUCAUAUGACAGUGCAAAACCUUUCAAGAACUAUGUCUGUGAAGCGCCAACAUUCGUGAACACCGAAUUAUUUCUUCCAAAAUGCUAUCAAAAGGUUAAAGACCAAAAUGCUGAAAUACCACGAAAUGAAUUUCGAAACAUAUUUACCAUUGUACAGAGGCAAGUACGGAUUUGCUGGAGCAAUACGGAUGCCAUCUUUCGAGUUAUCCACUCAGUAAUCGGGAGAACAAACGUAUCAAACGUUGAAUAUGGGGAUGGAAUAAUUGAGCUGUAUGCCAUAUCUCUACCCAAUAAUGGAAAAAGUAUCCGGUUCACAGAGGUCAGCCAUUUUGAUGCAGUUUCAAGAAAACCGGUAGCUGAUCAUAAUGUUCAAUACAAAUUUGAGGACCAGCAAAGAGAAACUUACUCAACAAUCAAGUUUCACACCUUGGAAGAAGGAACCUUAUACCGAAAAGACAUUCUCUACAAACUGACUCCAACAACUAUCCACAGGACUCUGAUCAGUGCUGAAGGGCUUAACCUGAGAAUAGGGUCUAAGCCAGUGACAGUUGAAAAUGAACACUUCUCUGAGAUGAACUGUUCAAUUAUACCUGUAUCCGAAGGGGAGUUUUUUAAAAAUAGACCAAUUAUAAGGACGGAAAGUGUCAAAAAUGGAGGUGAUCAAUAUAUGCUGGUCAACAUUGAUAUAAGUUUCCAUUACUACCACGAUGAACAGGAAGUAUUUGAAUGUGUAUCGAAAACAGAUAAGAAUAAGAAGUUCCUGAGAGUAUUUAAUAUGGUGGUGAUAAUGAAAAAUCCAAUUCACUAUAUCGAGUCCUAUGAUGGCAUUGAAAUCGUGCGGCUUAAUGACGACGUAGAUGGUCUACUUCUGGGAAUUUUUGAGACCAAAUAUCUAUUAAAUGGAGUCGCCAUUCGUUUCGAAGGACAGUUGGAGUCUGAUAUCAUCAUGAACAAGCAUAUGAUAUCAUCUUACAAAUUUGGGCAAUCAAAUUCAGCAAUAAAAAAAGGAGAAAUUUAUCCUCUACCUAGCAGUCAAGUACCAGAAGUUGACCAUAGAUUCAAGGAUUACAAAUGGGAUGGCAGAACCUAUACAACUUUCGACAUUGGGAAUAAAAAUCCGAAUAGUUUGGAUUUGAUUGUAAAUGGGAACCCUGGACAGGAAGAGCGUCUGAUCAUAUGUAGAAUGAAUAACACACUGGACAAAAGAUUCCCCUACUUUGAAAUUAAUAGGGAAGCAGGAACGAGAACAAAAAUUGAAUAUAUGUCAUCUCAUACUGAUUCAGCGUUCAAUUCAAAAUAUUUCGAAAACGACAGUAGUGAAAUUUGGAUUUGCAACGAAGGGACAGAGAAAGUGGGGCAAGCAGCAUCUACGUCUAAGUCUACAUCCAAGUCUACAGCUAGGUCUACAGCUAGGACUUCGUCUAUAUACAGGAGGAAAUCUAUGCCUCAGUCUGCCUCCAGCUCUGAAACAACGCCUCUUACGGGAGUUGUCCGAAUUGUAACCAGACAAAACCUCAAAACUCCGACUCAAAAUAAUGUUGGUAGAGUAAAACACACAGAACUGGACCAGAUAUGGUUCGAAAAGAUGGAUGACGACUACAGAAUCAAAAUGGAAACAAUCCGAUACUAUCGCAAGGAAGGUGCCAGCAACUUCAAUUUAUACACGAAUUUCAACUCUUUCCUGUUAUUUGAAAAUGAACCAAAUAAUCUUGGAUGGAAGAGUGGAACCGAGGAACUGUUUGGCUUCAAUGGAAGAUCAAAGACGGCUAUAGGAGCGAAUGAAAAACUUGGAUUUCCACUUUCAGCCAACAGAAUGUACCGCCAUAGAAUACAUUACGAAUACUAUGCAAAGAACAAAAUGAUAGUUGGCUCCAAAUGGACAGAGAAAUAUGGGCAUCGUAACUCUAAUUUGACUUGCCAGGAGCUUGACGAACUUCCAGAACAGGAGAUUCUUAAAGAUCAUUCUCCUUUCCACACUGAACUGACUUACGAAGGAGACGCUUCUAGCUUCCACUAUUUCAUUCAACCUGUGCGCCUCAUGAUUUGGAAUUGUACUGACGACAAUAACAGCGGAAAAAGACUAUUUGCAGUUAUGAAUACAUUCUCAUUCAAAUCAAAUGAUCACUAUAGAUUUUUAAAGGAAAUAUUCUACUUUGAUGGCUUGACAAUUUACUUUGGCCUCACCAACAUUGGCAAACCACAGUUGCAAUUGACUGAAUUCAAAUAUCUCAAUGAAGAAACUUAUGCUGUAGUGAAAUUUGAGGGAAAAGCGAGAAUGCUAUAUAAUAAUUUCGAUAGGUUUAUGAAAAAUGGAGAUAGCUCCAAUCAUGAGGAAGCCAAGGAAAAUCCGGAAAACCACAACAAUAAGGGUUCUAAGGAAAAUUCGAAAGAAGCCACAGAUGAGGGAGGUAAUGGAAAUUCAGAAAAACCCACGAAUAAGGAAGGAAAUGGAAAUUCAGGAAAACCCAUAAAAGAUGGAGCUAAUGAAAAUUCGGGAAAAUCCACGGAUGAGGCAGCUACGGGAAAUUCGGGAAAACCUACGGAUGAGGGAGGUAAUGAAAAUUCGGGAAAAUCCACGAAUGAGGGGGCUAAGGGAAAUUCGGGAAAACCCAAUGAUAAGGGAACUGGGGAAAAUUCAGAGAACUCCAGUGAAGAUGAAACUGAAGAAGUCUCGGAAAGAUCUGCUUAUUAUGAAACAGAGGACGAAUCGGAAUAUACCGGAUUUACUGUGGGAGCAUUAUCAGAUUUCAACUUGAAAGAAUAUGUUGCAAGAGAAAUGUACUAUAUUCUUGAUGGAACUGCGAAUGAGGUAUUCAGAACCAAAAUUCAAAGUAAAGGAGCUACCUUAGAAAUUGGAAAAAUCUAUGAACCUGAUCCUAAAGCCACAGCCGAAUACAGUAUAACAUGCGAUCGACUGAGUUUGAAAAAAGUUACAAUACAUUAUUUGGAAAACCGUGAGCUGAUACGAGUUGCAAAGCUUGAUGCAUCGAAUGUGCCCGUUGUAAUGCAGAAAGACGAAUUGGAGGAAUACUUUGAUCACUCAAUGAGAGUCUACCACUGUCUGGAUCACAGUAACGAAUACUAUAGAGUGGAAAAUAGAUUGCGGACGAAAAACAGUCAUCCAAUCAAACAAAUUGAUUACUACGAUGGCGUCACUGUUGAAAAAGAUGGGGACCAAUUUGUAAUAGAGGAAAUCAAGUAUAUAGUGGAAUUGGAAGAGGCCAUUGAUCCUAACAACUACGAUGAAAAUGUUCCCAAUGUACGAUUUACAUAUAAAGAAAUCAGAUUUGAGGGUUAUGUCAGCUAUGACACAAUGGAGAAAAAAGUUUAUUACAACAGGCAGAAAAUAGAGUACUUGUUGGACAGAGAGAUCCACCAUUCUGUCAAUUCAGCGAAAGCAACUACUACAAUUGAGGUUGAUUCACAUUCUGAUAUGACACUUGGGUUCCCAUCAACACCGUUUCAUAUCUGCCAGAAAAUACAAGACUUGCCCUAUUCAACGAAUCCAAUUUACAGUUUGAAGAUUAGUAAGAAUUUGGGGUCUGAAGAUCAGGAAACUGAAUACUCAGUAGCAGAUAAUUAUGAUUUGGCAACGAGCAAGAAAAAUGAACUUCCUACAAUCGUAGCACAAGAAGUAUGGAGCUGCGACGUUAGUGGCUUACAGAUAAUGAAAGUGAUAAAUAAGUUGAUCACAAGGAAUCUAGAACUGCGUGUGCAUUACAGCUCUCAAUUAUUAGUGAAAGAUGGGAUCCUGGUUCUUCCCAAUGGAGAAAAAUUUCUACAUAUAACACAUCAAAAAUUGCUGUGGAAAUUUUCAGAAACUACGUACAAAACUAUCAGAUUAUAUGCCCAGUUGAAGAAUGUGUUUCAAUCCUUGCCAGGGACUGAGAAUUUUUUCAAUGAAUUUCACCAUGAUGAAAAGUUGGCAAAAACAGUCCUAGAGCAAACUCAAAAUCGAAUCUGGUCACUGAACAGUUUGAGAGUUCUGACACAUGAUGACCAACUUGAACUGGCAAAGACUUCAAUCAAAGGCAUUACUUUCUCUGAACAGCAACCUCUGUACACUAAACUCUUGGAUACUGCAGCAACUCGCAUGUUUCAGUUGGGCCGAUUCUAUGAUGAGAAACUGGAAUUUCGAGGAAACAUAGAAUGUAUCCGGUUCCCUUGGGAUUCAUCGUUCACACCAGAAUACACCCCCAGAGCGGCUGAAUACGUUGACAGGAGUUUGUACACAAUGGACAGGGACAAUUUCAAUGAUGUCUUUGAAACUAUUGAGAUAAAAGUUUGGCUAUGUACCAACAAAGACGCAGAAAAGGUUGAAUUUCUGAGACUGAGAACAGUUUAUAAACCGAAGGCGGCAGUUUUUGCUGUAAGAUACACGGAUAGCAUAGUAAUAGAAGUAACUGAAACGAGUAACGAGGGAAAAACCAAGAAAGUAAUUGAGAAAGUAGUGGAAACUGUGUACAUGGAUAUAUUAAUCUCAAAAGUUCUCAGAGUUGAUGGAGAUCUAGCAGAGAGACUAGUUCCUGGCAUUACCCCAGUUCCCGGCCAAAAACCCGUACCAGAAGAAUUACCAUCAAUCAGUCCUGCUCCCCGAGGUAGAAAAAAGUUUUCAUUCAAAAGAUUGUGGAAGUAUCUCACGAAGCCCAAAUCAGCUGAAAAAUCUGAAUCAGCAAAAAAAUCUAAAUCAGAAGGAAAACCUAAGUCAGCUGGAAAACCUAAAUCUGCUGGAAAACCUAAAGCAGCCGGAAAGCCAAAAGCAGCUGGAAAAUCACAUCGAGCUAGAAACCCUAAAACACUUGGAAACCCCAAAAAUGCACCUAGAUAUGCUAGAAACUCUCAACCUGGGAAAACUGAACCCAAAUCGUAAACCUGUAU